CCCUAUUCUUCUCCAACUUCCUCUCUCUCUCUCUCGAUACACCCUCCCACACUACGGCGUAUCAUAGCAACGUGCGAUCAGCCAUGGAUACCAGCUUUCUAGGAACGAGUACGAGAAGGGCAGCUUUUGUUGAAGACGAGGGCCUGGCUUCUCUUGCAGACAUGGAAGCUGGGUUUUCUGGGAAGAACGCCUUUUUUUCUACGAGGAGAAUGAAUAGCAGUUUCAGAGCUUUUUCUCGCUUCUCUUCUUCUUCUUCGUCGCCGAGGUCUGGUCUCUUGUACGAAGAAAACCACCAUUUUCUCGACUCUUGCCAUCUCUGCAACAAGCCGCUGGGAGAGAACAAGGACAUCUUCAUGUACAGAGGGAAUACGCCUUUCUGUAGCGUGGAGUGCCGGCAAGAGCAGAUGGAUAUAGACGAGGCGGCAGAGAAGAAGUGGGGCUUGCCUAUGAAAGUCGCUUCCAGAAAAGAUCAGAAAACCAACGCCUCUAAGGGCAAAGGAGACAAUUUCCGCCUGCGGACGGGGACGGUCGUCGCGGGGUAAAAAUGGAAAGAAAAAGUACAGAAAGAGGCCCAGAAAAGGGACGGUCGAGAAGCAGGCCCCAUCUGAGGAAUUUUUCUUUCUUUUCUUUUCUUUUCUUUUUUUCUUUCAUCCUUAUGUGCAUAAAGGGUGUUGGGUUGUGAAGGGUUUCGUAAAUUUUUGAAUGUGACGAGGAGUUUGUCCUUUUUGAAUCUUCUAAAGAGGACUGCUUUUCAAGGG